AUGCCUUCUUCAAUCAUUUCUGUAUUAUUUUUGGCUCUAUUUGUUGGGAGUUCGAAUUCAUCUCCUGCUCCAAUCGGAUCUUCUUCUUUUUCUCGGAGAUCGAUUCUCCGGGAUAUUAGCACGGAUGAGAUUAAAGGCGAUUAUGGCGUGGAAUUGAACGUUACUAAUUUCGAUGAGGUUCUUAGAGAAACUCCGGCUACUUAUGCGAUCGUUGAGUUCUUCGCCCACUGGUGUCCUGCCUGUAGAAAUUACAAGCAUCAUUAUGAAAAAGUUGCCAGGCUUUUUAAUGGAGCAGAUGCUGUUCAUCCGGGGCAUGUAUUGAUGACAAGGGUUGACUGUGCUUUGAAGAUAAACACAGAACUUUGCGAUAAGUUUUCUGUAUCACACUACCCUAUGCUCUUUUGGGGCAAACCCUCAAAGUUUGUUGGUGGUAGCUGGUCACCUAAUCAGGAAAAUAGUGAAAUUCGUCAAAUUGAUGACGGGAGGACAGCCGAACGCCUGCUAAAUUGGAUAAAUAAGCAACUUGGGAGUUCAUAUGGCUUGGACGACGAGAAGUUCGAAAAUGAGAAUAUUCAAGCCAAUGCAUCAGACGCCGAACAGAUUGCACGGGCUAUAUAUGAUGUGGAGGAAGCAACAUCCACAGCUUUUGAAAUCAUAUUGGAGCACAAGAUGAUAAAAUCAGAAACUCGGGCAUCCUUGAUUAAGUUUCUUCAGCUGAUAGUCGCCCAUCAUCCAUCUAGACGGUGCCGAAAAGGAAGUGCAGAGUUGCUUGUGAACUUUGAUGACUUCUACCCAUCUGAGACAUUGUCAAACAGUAAAGAACAACCUAUUGUUUCUGGCAAAGAGAGUGUUCUUCAUGAUAUCCAUAUUUGCGGAAAAGAGGUUCCUCGCGGAUACUGGAUGUUUUGCCGCGGGAGCAGGAAUGAUACCCGGGGUUUUAGUUGUGGAUUAUGGGUUUUGUUACACUCACUUUCUGUGAGAGUUGACAGUGGGGAAAGCGAGAUGGCAUUUACAGCUACUUGCGACUUCAUCCACAACUUCUUCGUCUGUGAAGAUUGCCGGCAACACUUCUAUGAAAUGUGCUCAAGUGUUUCCAAUCCUAUUAAGAAUACGAGGGACUUUGUUUUGUGGUUGUGGAACGCACAUAACAAAGUCAAUAAGAGGCUUAUGAAAGAUGAAGCAUCUCUUGGAAGUGGUGAUCCGAAAUUUCCUAAAGCUGUAUGGCCCUCGAAACAGCUCUGCCGUUCAUGCUACCGUUCCCAAAAGACUGAUGACGAUGGACAGAUUGAUUGGGAUGAGGACGAGAUUUUCAAGUUCUUGGUCAGCUACUACGGAACUACCCUAGUUUCUCUGUCCAAGGAUAAAGAAGAACUUCUCAAUGAUGUGAGUAACAAAGUUUUAGUGAAGGAUGUGGUAGCGACAACAAAUGCAAUCGUUGUGCCCAUUGGAGCUGCAUUUGCAAUUGCUGUCGCAAGCUGCGGAUUUGGUGGACUCGCAUGGUUCUGGCGGUCGCGGCAAAAGAAUAGAAAGUAUAAACAUCAUCCUUUGAAAUCCAUUUGA